CCACCUUGACACUGUAACACAGCGUUUGGUUGGACGGACAGUAGGCCAACAAGCAGCAUACCAACAGUAGGACAGCCCGUUGGGAACAUUACAAGGUGUCCACAAGUCGUCCUUGACAUCACAGCCAUGAAGCUGGCUCGGCGUUCCCUGUCGGAGGACUCCGUGGAUCGCUACAACCACAUCUGGUCUGUGGUCUUACUGCUGGUCCUAUCCCUCAUCACCUGGCUACUUCCCUUCAGUCCGGCCUUCAGUUCCCUGGUGGAAAACUCCAGAUCUACACAGUUUCCGGCUGAUGAGGCCUUGAAGGCGAUGAAUCGAAGGUUUGAACCCGGGCCCCCAACAUAUAAAGCGGUGUGUUGGGUUCCAGCAGAGUUUACAAGUGCCUAUGUGGACUAUGCUAAUGGUGUAUGCGCCUCCUUUGUGAAUUCCGUGUACCGAGGUGGUGGGGAGAACGUGUCGGUGUACAGAGUUCCGGAAGAUCCCGAUACUCCCAUUGACGAACCACAACAACUUGUUCCUUUCCAACCGAAGCGGAAGGAACAAACAUCGCAAGGGUCAAGUACGUCUAAGCCAGAAACACGACGUGUAAGGGGAGAUGAUAAAACAAGGACAUAUCUGCGAAAGGACACGUAUUUUUUCACGGCUGUCACUAUUCCUUUAGUAUUUUUCUUCUUCGCAAUUUUCCUGAAGCUGCCGCAUGUCCUUUGGUGCUUGAUGUCCGGAUGUGGAGGCAUCGACGUUGAUCAGACUUUGGUUACGGCUCGUGGGGGGUUGUCUCUAGAUACGGACAGUCGUGAGAGGUUGAACUCUGACCUCUGUCGUGCCGUUACAGGAGCAGCGAAGUCGUCUCGUUGUCUUGGUUUGUCCUAUCUGUUCUUCAAACUGCUGCUGUGUGUGGUGGUUGUCGGAGAACUGACUGUUCUGGGCUCGGUGCUUCUUCCGGAAGUGAACCGCCUGAAGGAGAAGAACGACGAAUUUUCUGAGCAGAACAUUUUGACCUCUAGUUUGACCUUUUCUCCCAAGGUCACUCCUGAAGUUAUGUUCGAGUACGAGAACGAUAUAGUUCUCCUUUGCCUGUUCGAAGUUCGCAAGUUCAAAUUCAACAUUCAAACGUGGUCUUUCCAAUGUCUGUUCAAUUACGACACAUACACUGCCCCUGAAGCCACUGUUGAUCCUAGCGCAGGCAAUGAAAACAGGACAGAACCCGGACGUACCCAAAUGGGCGACCUGUUGUUGGGCUACCACGCUCUGCUGACCGCCGUGCUCGCCUUCCUGGUCAUCUUGUUAGUUGUCAACGUCUUAAGUCUUCUUUCGUGGUCAUCUCGACUUUGUUUUGGCAUCUGUCGUGACGUAUUGACCGGCGGUGGGUCAUCUUUGUCCAUGGACCUGUCCCUCCUGCUUCUGAUGAGUAAGGAAAAUGGCGGCCCUUUGGUCACACAAGCUUUGGGAAAAAGUCUGGUAGGAGAGUCCUCGCCAGGUAGUGGCACGGAGAAGCUCACAGAAUAAGCAACACCGCCAUACCAAGGUCACGGGACUGG